AUGGUCCAGAGCGUCAAUGUGUCCGGAUAUCAUCUUCAAUUCCCAAAGAUCGUACAAUGCCGGUGGCUUCUGAAUAGGGUCCUCUGUGCUUCGGGUGAAAUGGUUUUCACAGAUUUAGAGUCAGGGGCAGGGCGCCGGAACGGCAUGGUCAUCUGCAAGGUCAUGAAGUUGGAGAUAUGCCAUGUUCCAUCGACAUUCCGUUCUCUGGAUAUGGUAGAGCCGGAACCUGAGCUUGAAGUCGCUUGA